AUGUUGGAAGAGAAUAAUGUUUUGGUCAAAUCAUUUCGUAUGGCAAGGGAUAGAUACAGAGAACAACCACAAGCAGAGUUCCGUAUACGCAUCCUAUCUGAAAGGACCCAAGAUGGCCGACAAUACAACAUACCAACGACUUCUGAAGUUGCUGAAUUAAUUGUAGGAGACCUUACAGAUGCUAACUUCCAGCGAGAUGUCAUUGUGGAACACCGCAAGAACGGACUGCAAAGGAUCACAGAUUUACACCCAAGUUUCAUGUCGAUGAAUUACCCAUUAAUACAUCCAUAUGGGGAAGAUAGAUAUAGGCUUGGAAUACCUUUAGAUUCUGAGAGUCAAAAAACAUACACUCAGACAAACUUGACAAUGAGACAAUUUUAUGGAUACGGUAUACAACAACGCCUCAAUGAGGGACACACUCUACUCCAAGCUAGCAGGAUAUUGCAGCAGUACAUUGUGGAUGGGUACAUGGCAAUUGAAGAAGAAAGAUUUAGGUAUAUCCGAAAAAAUCAACAGAAAUUAAGGUCUGAUCUUUAUGGUGGCUUAAUGGAUACUAUUGUACGUGGAGAUUCAGAUUGCUCAAUGGUAGGAAAAACUAUUAUACUACCUCCCUCCCACACUGGAGGACCUCGCUACAGGGCACAAAAUUAUCAAGAUGCAAUGUCUAUAAGUCGGUGGGCUGGAUACCCAGAUUUGUUCCUGAAUUUUACUUGCAACCCAAAGUGGCCGGAAAUAAAUGCAAUGACGAGACUAAUAAACCAAGAUCCUAAUGGUUGCCGGGUGGAAAUUAUAUGCCGAGUCUUCCAGAUCAAGUUAUUGCAGCUAAUGCGGAUUCUUAAAAAGGAUAAGUCUUUCGGGACAAUAAUUGCGUGUAAAUAUACAAUUGAGUUCCAGAAAAGAGGCUUGCCACAUGCUCAUAUCCUGCUUUUCCUUCAUGAAACACAAAAAAACCCAACAACAAAUUAUAUUGACAGAGUAAUAUCCGCUGAAAUACCAGAUUACAGAGAAGAUACAGAUGGGUAUAAUGCCGUGAAGAACUUCAUGAUGCACGGACCGUGCGGAGAACAAAAUCCCAGUUGCCCAUGUAUGAAACAAGGCAAGUGCACAAAACAUUUUCCAAAGAAAUACAAUGACCGAACAAAUUUUGAUUCGGAUGGAUUCCCUAUUUAUAUUAGACGGAACACAGGUAUUGAAGUCAAGAAAAAUGGUGCCAGCUUAGAUAACCGAUAUGUUGUCCCAUAUAACAGGGACUUGCUUGUCCAGUUUGAUGCACAUAUAAAUGUUGAAGUAUGCAAUUAUGCGAGGUCGGUGAAGUACCUCUUCAAGCCAUCAGCUGUUGAGCGCUUACCAUUUCAUUUACAGGGGCAAAACACAAUAAUAUUUAAAGAAUCAAGGACAACUGAAAGCGUACUAAGCAGACCCAAUUUAGAAAAAACAAAAUUUACAAAAUGGUUUGAGGCAAACAAAGAAUACCCUGAUGCAAGAGAGCUGACAUAUUCUGAUUUUCCAACGCGUUGGGUUUGGAAUGGAAGAGACAAACAAUGGACCUGGAGGAAGAAGAGACACGCAGUUGGCAGAAUUUACUUUGCACAUCCAGGAAGUGGAGAACGUUUUUACAUGCGUAUGCUACUAAAUUUUGUCAAAGGGUGUACUUCCUUCGAAAGCAUCAGAAAAAUCAAUGGAGUAGAUCAUAAAACAUAUAUAGAGGCCUGCUACGCUUUGGGGUUAUUAGAUGAUGACAAAGAGUGGAAUGACUGCUUGUCUGAGGCGGCCCAGUGGGCUUCUGAAAACGAGUUGCGACAUCUCUUUGUUACCAUACUUAUGAACUGUCAGGUGUCAAAUACACGUAAGCUAUGGGAGAAUAACCAUGCAAUAUUAUCUAAAGAUAUCAUGCAUAUCCAGCAAAAGAGAUUACAAUUCAAUGAUUUACAGCCAAACACAAAGCAGAUUAAAGCGUACACACUAUUUGAGAUUGAAAGCAUCCUUCUAAAGAUGGGGAGAAGUUUGAAAGAUAUAGAAGGAAUGCCCCUUCCAGAUUCAACAUUAAUGCGAAAUGUAGGGAAUCGCCUAAUCAAUGAAGAGCUAGACUACGACAAAGAAAAGCUCCAAAUACUCCAUGAUCAAUCACUCGCUAUGUUAAAUACUUGCCAACGCGUGGCAUAUAAGGCAAUAAUAACAUCAGUUCAUAACGAAGAAGGGAAAUUAUUUUUUAUACAUGGCCAUGGUGAUACGGGUAAGACAUUUCUGUGGAAUACUAUUAUUUUGAAGAUCAGAUCACAAUCAAAAAUCGUUUUCCCCGUCGCUACUUCGGGUAUAGCAGCUUUAUUAUUACCAAAUGGUAGGACUGCUCAUUCGCGCUUUCAUAUUCCUCUAGACAUCACGCCAGAGUCAACAAGUGAAAUCAAACAAGACAGUCAAUUAGCGGAAUUACUUAAGAAGACUGCUUUGAUAAUCUGGGAUGAGGCACCAAUGGCAAAAAAAUUGUGCUUUGAAGCAUUGGACAGAACCUUAAGGGAUAUUCUCCAAGAUAGGUAUGAAAAUAGUGCCAUGAAACCUUUUGGGGGCAUAACUUUCGUAUGUGGUGGUGAUUUUCGCCAAAUACUACCAGUUAUUCCAAAGGGAACAAGACGUGAUAUUGUGGAUGCAGCGCUGAACUACUCACAGUUGUGGCCCUACUUCUCAAUUUAUGAAUUGACGGAAAAUAUGAGACUUAAGUCAGGGGUUCUGAAGCACGGAAAAUAG